AUGCGUUUUACCAACAUCCUUAUGCUCUUGGCCGGGUCCGCCUGGGUUGGAGCGAGUCCAUUAUCUUCAAAUGACAACAAGAUCGUCGCGAGACAGUCAACGUCGACAUACUGGGUGGGCGCUUUAGAGAAUCGAGGGGCGGUGCCUUUCGGCAACGACACCAGCUACCAAGUGCACCGCAAUGUGAAGGAUUUCGGCGCUGUUGGCGACGGCACAACCGAUGACACCGAUGCCAUCAACAAGGCCAUUUCCUCCGGCAGCCGUUGUGGCCAGGGCUGCGACUCGUCCACCACCAAGCCCGCCGUAGUCUACUUCCCUGCCGGCACAUACCUCGUCUCCAAGCCCAUCGUCCAGUACUACUACACCCAGAUGAUCGGUGACGCCAACAGCCUUCCCGUUCUCAAAGCCUCGGCAGACUUCUCCGGCAUGGCCGUUGUCGACGCAGACCCAUACACUGACGACGGUUCCAACUGGUACACCAAUCAGAACAACUUCUUCCGUUCAAUCCGUAACUUCGUCGUCGACCUGACUGCUAUGCCUCAAGGCUCCGGAGCCGGUAUUCACUGGCAGGUCGGACAGGCCACCAGCUUGCAGAACAUCCGCUUCGAGAUGAUCAAGGGCGGCGGCUCCGAGAACAAGCAGCAGGGUAUCUUCAUGGACAACGGCUCCGGCGGUUUCAUGACUGACCUGACCUUCAACGGUGGAAACUACGGUAUGUUCGUUGGUAACCAGCAGUUCACCAGCCGCAACUUGACCUUCAACGACUGCAACACGGGUGUCUACAUGAACUGGAACUGGGCUUGGACCUUCAAGUCGGUUACCUUCAACAACUGCGAGCUCGGCCUGAACAUGUCCAACUCGCCCUCCAACCAGACUGUUGGCUCCGUUCUGCUUCUCGACGCCGAUUUCGUCAACACUCCCACUGGUGUUGUUACCGCCUGGGGCAGCGACAGCAUCCCCGUCGGUGCCGGUACUCUUGUUCUGGACAACGUCGACUUCAGCGGUUCCACUACCGGUGUUGCUGCCGUUGACGGCUCUGCCAUUCUUGCCGGUGGCUCGGUCGUUGACAACUGGGUUCAGGGUGGUGUCUACCGCCCUGGUUCGUCUGCCAGCAAGCGUGCCGUGCACCCUACUGCCGAGGCCGAGGACGAUGACGAAGUGGUGAUCUCUACCAUCAUUGAGACUGUGUACGAGUGUGAUGCCUCGUCCACCCCGUACUUGCCUCCGCCCUCAGCCACGGAAUCGGGCACCAAUGUUGCAGAGACUACCGAAGGACUCUUGCCUGGCACUGAAGCCACCGGUGAGACCGCUACAUCUGUUCCUGCGAUCCCCGGCACUGAAGCUACUGGCGAGACUGCCACUUCUGUUGCUCAGGCCCCCGGCACUGGAGCUACCGGUGAGACCGCUACGUCUGUUCCUGUAAUCCCCGGCACUGAAGCUACUGGCGAGACUGCCACAUCUGUCGCCCAAGUACCUGGCACUGGAGCCACCGGUGAGACCGCUACGUCUGUUCCUGUGAUUCCCGGCACCUCUUCCGUCACGCAAGCCCCUUCAGGCACCGUCACCAGCGCAUCCACCUCCACAGGCGCCAUCCACGGCUCUGACUCCGGUUCCGCCUCAGGCCAAUGCUCCGCCCGCACCGUCACCAAGACCCGCAUCCAGACUGCCCUCCCCGCUGCCACCAAGCCCAACUCUCUCCUCUCCAGCUCCAGCAGCAAGGUCUUCGAGCGCUCCAAGCCCCUCUACGAGAGCUACUCCGCCUCUUCAUUCAUCAGCGUCAAGGCCUCCGGCGCCAAGGGUGACGGUUCAACCGACGACACAGCCGCCAUCCAACAGAUCCUCGACAGCGCAACCUCCGACCAAGUCGUCUUCUUCGACCACGGCGCCUACGUCAUCACCGACACAAUCAAGGUCCCCUCCACCAUCAAGAUCGUCGGUGAAGUCUGGCCCGUCCUCAUGGCCCACGGCGACAAGUUCUCCGACGACCAGAACCCCAUCCCCCUCCUGCAAGUCGGCCAGCCCGGCGAGACUGGCUCCGUCGAGAUCUCUGACCUGACUAUCUUAACCAAGGGCCCCGCCCCCGGCGCAAUUCUCAUGGAAUGGAACGUCGCCGAGGAAACCCCCGGCUCCGUCGGAAUGUGGGACGUACACUUCCGCGUGGGUGGCUCAGCGGGCACAGAACUGCAAUCCGAUACCUGCGCUAAGACACCUAAUUCCACCACCACCCCAGAUGCCAACUGCAUCGGCGCCUUCAUGCUCCUCCACCUCACCGAGAAAUCCACCGCAUACCUCGAGAACGUCUGGUCCUGGACCGCCGACCACGAACUCGACCUCUCCGACCACAACCAAAUCAACAUCUACAACGGCCGCGGCAUCCUCAUCGAAUCCCAGGGCCCCGUCUGGAUGUACGGCACCGCCGCCGAGCACAACCAGCUGUACAACUACCAGGUCAGCAACGCAAAGAACAUCUUCAUGGGCCUCAUCCAAACCGAAACGCCCUACUUCCAAGCGAACCCGAACUCGCUCGUCCCCUUUACACCGCAAGACUCCUGGAACGAUCCGGACUUCAGCUACUGCACGACCGAUGCGUGUCGGAAAUCCUGGGGUCUGCGCGUGACCAACUCCUCCGAGGUGUAUGUGUACGGCGCCGGCCUGUACAGCUUCUUCGAGAACUACGACCAGGAGUGCCUGGGUGAUUCGUGCCAGGAGAACAUGGUGCAGGUGGACUGCUCGGACGUGCACAUCUUCGGCCUGAGCACGAUUGCGUCCAAGAAUAUGAUUGCCAACUCGGAUGGCAGCAGUCUUGUCCCGCAAGAGGGCAACGAGAGCACGUAUUGUUCGACGAUUGCGCUGUUUGAGCAGACGUCCGAUGCAUGA